AUGGUAGCUGCUGCCCAGGGCUGGGACGUCGCUGAGAAGGCGCUGCAGUUGGCAACAGCGCUUCGGGGCCCAGCUGUGGAAGUGUUGGGGCACCUGCCGCCGGCCCAACGUGCCUCUUACGGGAGCAUGGCGGAGGCCCUGCGGCGUCGUUUCGGGCACCACCUUCAGGCCGAGGUGUACCGAGCUCGCCUGAAGAAGCGGACUCGGGAGCGCGGCGAGACACUGUCGCAGCUGGCGCAGGACGUGGAAGCGCUGGUCAGAAGGUCGUAUCCUGCUGCCCCGGAAGAGAUGAUCGUGGUGCUGGCCCGCGAUUUCUUUGUUGACGCUCUGCACGACCAGCAGCUGCAGAUUUACGUUAAGCAGGCGCACCCUGGGGACCUGCAGGUGGCGCUGGCGAGGGCCUUGGAAUUCGAGGCCUUCCUGAAGACGACCAGCGGCCUAGGGGCGGCCGCCCAGCCCCGCCGUGACCUCCGGGGCCGGAAGGCGAAGGUGGAGAAGAAGGCGGCGUCGAGGAAGGCGAGCCCGGACGGUUUUCUCGGCUCGUGUUGGGGCUGUGGCAAGAAAGGGCACAUGCGCAGUCGUUGUCCGAGGGAGCGAAGGACGCGUUCCCUUGAUCGACUGAGUUCCGACGCCUUUCAGCCUUGCUGCAAGGACUGUGGCAAGUCUGGCCACCGUUCGAGCGCCUGCCCCAAGCCAAAGGAGGUAGUGCAGGCGGGAAACCCGGACAGGCUGGAGAAGGGGGCCGAAUCCCAGCCGUCAGUCCCCGGGCCCCGACUUGCGUAAGCUGCCGCCGGAUAACCAGUGCGAUGCAGGUGGAGGGCUCAGUGGACGGGAAGCCAUGCCGCCUGACAGUGGACACCGGGGCUG